AGAGUAAGGUUGAUCUGUUUUUAGAAGCGCCAAACAUUUUACUCAUCACCCCGAAUGUAAAUGUAAAAAAUAAAAAAAAGGUGGGGGGCAGAAGCAGACAAGAGUUGAGUAAUUAUCAUUUUUGGCCCUGGACAAAAGGCAGGGAAAAAUACAACAAAAAAAUUGGAAAAAGAGGAAGAGUGUUCAGUCAGACGGCAACGGGAUCGCCACCAGUUGUCGUUUUCUUUUGGUGGCGUACAACACAGUUGGGGCAGCGAAAACGUUUAUCAGUCAAGUCGAAGAGAGUCUCGGCACAAAAGCGUGACGGUGAAAAUGAGCAGCCAUCACAUGUCGGGCAAGGAUCGACGUCAGUAUUUCGUCUCUCACGUGACCACCUCUCACAAAAGUGUGGACUUUACAGAAUACGACCCGUCGGCAACGAUAAUAGACGGUCAGGUGGCAAACGAAAGUGGAUUGACGCCAAGUACGUCACAAACUUGUGACGCUGAUUCGAUUCCCUCAUCUCCGGCCAUCAGCUGCGAUCCCAUCGCACCCGUGUCUCAGUCUCCUUUCUGCGCAGCACAGAAGGUCGAAUCUAAAUCUCCUCCGGCUCUCAAAUCCAUCAUCAAAUAUCCUCAACAGACGGGCGUCGUUCAGACUCAACAAGAGCCGAUUCAACACCAACAAUCGAUCGAAUUUGAAUUGAUUCAACCUCCCACCCGUACGCAACUCGAUUGUGAACUCGUUUUCACCAGUGAACGCGUCAGCCAGUCGGAAGAGAACCCGCAAAAGCCGCCGACCGUCAUCUCAACAGCCAACAUCAACAUGUCGAACGAUAGCAGCGCCAAUCAGCAACCGCCCAUCAUUUCGGUUAACGGGAAUGGAGUUACGGUUAACGGAUCGGAUCCUUCGGAUCUUUUCGAUCCGUGGUGCGAUCCCAAUCGGCCACGGAUCGUCCAAUUCCAGGACAUUAGUGCGGCCGCUUUUAAAAUUAAGAGCGGCAUCAUGAUGACCCCGUGCACGCGUUCCCAUCUUUCCAGUCUGACUGGAACGCAAAUUUUUUUCCAAAAAGAUUUCCUUCAAUAUACGGGAAGUUUCAAGGAAAGAGGAGCCCGUUACACUUUACUGAUGCUGCCAGAAGCCAAUCAGAAACAAGGAGUGUGUACCGCAUCGGCCGGUAAUCACGCUCUGGCUCUUUCUUACCACGGCCAAGAAUUGGGUAUUCCAGUAACGGUCGUCAUGCCUAUCGUAGCGCCAAUAAUGAAAGUCCAAUCAUGUCGUCAAUUUGGCGCCAACAUCAUUAUUCACGGCCGUGAUAUUGGCGAGUCACGCGAGUUUGCUAUGCGCCUAGGCAAAGAAAAGAACCUGACGUACAUUAAUGGCUAUGACCACCCGCACAUAAUCGCCGGCCAAGGCACCAUGGGACUGGAAAUAGUCGAACAGGUGAAAAACAUUGACGCUGUGGUGGUACCUGUAGGAGGUGGAGGACUCAUUGCUGGAGUCGCCCUGGCCGUCAAAUCGCUUUACCCUCACAUUCAGGUCAUUGGAGUUGAAUCGGAACGUUGCGCUAGCUUCAGCUGCGCCCUCAAAGUUGGCCAGCCCAUUUAUACCAAAGCGGAGUCGACGUUGGCUGACGGUCUGGCCGUCCCGAGAGUUGGCAUUAAUUCUCUAGCAACGGCUGCACCGCUCGUCGACAAGUGUGUCGUCGUCAAGGAAGAAUACAUCGCUAUGGCUAUCUUGCGAUUGGUAGAGAUCGAAAAAGCUGUGGUGGAAGGAGCGGGAGCUUGCGGAUUGGCAGCCAUUUUGGCUGGCUUGUUGCCUGAAUUGAAAGGUAAACGAGUAGUGAUUCCCCUGUGCGGUGGCAAUAUCGACACGACCGUUUUGGGGCGCUGUCUGGAACGCGGUCUGGCCGUCGACGGCCGUCUAGUUAAAUUCAGCGUAACAGUCUCUGACCGUCCGGGUGGUAUUGCGGAACUCUGUCGAUUAAUGGCCAACCUCGGUGUAUCCAUCAAGGACAUCCUUCACGAACGGGCUUGGCUAAAAAGCGACAUCUUCAGCGUCGAAGUUCGAGUUAUGUGCGAAACGAGAGAUUUGGAACACGCUGUCGAAUUGGAACGUGUCCUUAAGGAACAUUACAACAACGUCCACUUUGGAAAAAUGGCCGAUGCUCUCGGCGGGAGUGGACUGACGGUCGACGAGGUCAUGGAUUCACGUUCCCCAUUGCUCUGAGAGAUACAAUCUAAAUUCUAAACCUACCCUACACGUCACAGAAAAAUAAACAUGAAAAACAAAAGAGGCCUAGAUUCGUUGGAGAAAAAAAAACGGGCAUGUUUUCUCGUUGUUUCCUUGUUAUAGUUUUGCUUAAUAUACUGUUCGUUGAGGGGUGAAUCAUCACAGCGUCAAUAUAUAUCAAUAAACACGUCAAUGAAAAAAAA